AUAUAUUAUAUCCUAAUAUUUAAUAUUUAUUUUAUCAAAAGUUAAAAUGAUUCUUCUUUUUUUAUACAAAACAAUAGGCUAAUUUCUAAUUUCAGCUCACAUUCUAGGCAAUGAAACCUAUUGCCAAAGGUUUAGAUAUCUUACAAGAAGAUAAACAUAUUUUUAUGGGAUAUUUAUUGCCUAUAUUAUUAUCAAUCAAAGAGCAUUUAAAUAAAAAACUAACUGAGGUGUUUUAUGCAAAACCACUAGCGAAUACUCUCCUAAAAGGUAUUCACAAAAGAUUUUACAAUCUUUAUAAGUACAACGAUUUGAGGAUUGUUGCCUGCUUGAUACCAGAUUUUAAACACCACUGGAUACAAAAUACAAAAUCUUUUUUAAUCAAACUUUUAAAAUCGAUUGUUCAAAAGUUUAACUUUAAUGAUGCAGAAGUUCAUACAAGUACACUCAAAGAACAGAAGGUCUUUCGCAAACCCGACAAUUUUUUUAUACUUCCUAACACGUUGGACCAGAAUCAAAACAAAAAUAUGAUAACUGAUCAUAUUGUUCAAAUCUACUUGUCGACUGAUACAUUUGCAACAAAAAAGGAUUUUCCUAAGGCACUUAAACGUGCUUUUAUAAAAUAUAAUACCUCGAUACCAUCUUCAGCUCACGUUGAACGAUUGUUCAGUGCAAGGGGGCUCAUUUUUGACAAUCUUCGAAAUUUGAUAAAUGUCUGAUAAAAAUUUUGAAAUGUUUUAUUACUAAAACAAAUAUAAUUCUUUGUUCACCAGUGAGUGUAAAAAACGACAGCAAGUGUAAUAAUUUAGUUCGACCUGACUGGCGACAUAUUUAAUACAGCACGUUUCGACCGUGGAUUUCGAUCCUUUUCAAAUGCGUUAAGACAUCAAUUUAUGGUAUAUACAAUUAGAUUUUAAACAAAUCUAAAAUUUCGUGUAAGAAAAAGAAAAAUAUUAUAUAGAGGGCUGCCAAGAGUCGAUACUAUGAUUCUCAACGGAAAUUUUUUUUAUGGAUUUUCGGUUGUCCGUAACAACGUGGGAGGUUACCGUUUAUACAAUUCAGUUUUUUGUAUGUGAAAUCAUUAGUGAUAUCGUUGUCACGCCAAGAUUUAACCAUACUAUUCAAUUUAGAAGUUAUUCGGUUAUUAAGGUCUUUGUUUAAUUUCCGAUACGUCAUUUGAUCGUUCAGCAAUACGGUCAUCUUAUCAACGUAUGUUUUUGUCUAUGACAACGGUAACUUGCCCUUUAUCUGCUUUCGUGACAAAGAUAUCAUCGUUUUCCCUCAAAAACUUUCUACAUUCAUUAAACUUAUUACUAAUAAAUCUAUUGACAUAACUUACAUGUUUCGUUUUACCUAAAAAACGAUAUAAGUUGUGACGUGACAGCCGCAGGCUGCUGUCCGUCACAAGGUCCUUACGCAUUAACAUCACGCGGGCCCUGCAUCCUCCCGCUCGGGAGCGGACGCAAAAGCGUGUUAUCUCGUGUUUUUGUGUGUGAUGUCCUACGUGCUGUCCGUUCGAUUAAUUAUUAAGAUUUUUGCGAGCGCUGUAUCGCGGGUGCGGCAGAGAUCGGUGGCUCUGGAGAUCUCUCUGUAAUUUUUGAACGUCUCGUCUCGACGGAGAACCUUCCCGGAGGUCGCAGAGUGAGGGGACAUCGAGGGAGUAAAAGAAGACCCUUUCUAAGCGGGGGUCCGCAGGUAAUGCCGCCCUUAUCUUGCCUACCAUUUGUGCCGUUUGAGAAUUCCGAUACUGCCGCCGAAUCACGCUUUCAGAAUCCAGCGACAGCGCGCGGAGCCGACAUCCCGACGGGGCGACUGCAGACCCGAUGCCGCAUGAAGUCCGGCGGAAGGAUUGCGACGGCUUAUGAUCAGCGAACGCCCCCGUCGAGGAAGAAAUAACACCCUGAUGGCGGAGGAUGCGCCCGGCAAAGAGAGAAGAGACUGCCACGGAAGGAGGCGCCAGGAUUCUUGUGCACGGGGCCCCUAAUUAUCGACCGCCGCGCUUGGAUCGAUCAGCCGGCGACAGCGUGUACACCGCGCUCUGUGCAAAAAUCGAUUUUCGGGAAAUCAGCCAAUAAGGGCCCGGAGUGCCGGAGGCAAAGUGGGGCGCGCCGCCGAGCGGCCCCCGCGAGAUCCAGAAUUCCUCACUCGUGCUGCGGACGUAUUAUAUACUGUGCGUGUGUUCCGGAGUCCCGCGCCCAGAUUUGUGAGAGAGGACGCAGGAGCCAAGAUCAUCCCGACCCGGAGGAGGCAAGCGAGAGAGAGGCGACGUGGUGAGACGAGCGUCAGAAUACUGUAAAGCCACCGAUUUCGCGGGUUGGGCGAGCCGCGGAAGAGUCGCGUAGUUACCGUUGUAUUUUCCGACGUAUUAAGUGAAGCCACGAGCUCGCAGAAUUAUCGGAGCAUCGUUGUCUCGUCCGAUCGCGCCCGCCCGCGUGAUUUCGCUCCGUGCUGUGCAUUUCGUGUUAUCAUUGCAUUGCGUGUGCGUCCCGAUCCGCAGCCGAGUCAAUCGUAAUUUCGUCCGGUAGUCGUAUCACGAGUUAUUCCCGUGUUGUAAAUUGUCGCGCAUUUGUAAGUUAUCGUUAGUAUUGUUUAAUUUGGUCGAUCGCAUUUAUGUCGCGAGUCCUUCGGUAAUUGCGCUCUGGUAAUAAUUGAUGUAGUCGUCUUGAACUGCCUGGUUGGCGAGUGACUAAUAAUUAUCGCGCUUAUUACUCGCGAGAAUCUUUAGCGCGCGGAAGAACACGAGUCCGUCGCGUGCGCGGGCUCGAAGUUACUGUUCGUCCCGUUCGCCCUUGGCGAAGCCGUCAUCCUAUCGGGAGUUUGGCGUCCUCCAACGACGCCGGGUCAAGCGUAAACAAGCCGGAGAAUUCCCGCGUACGCAUAAUAACCCGCUCGUUACGCAUCCCGUUUUCGCGAUAUUCAAUACCCAGCGGUCGUCAGCUGGUAACGCGCGCGAGUCAUCGCCGCUCUACAGAGUCGUCUAACCUUGUAAUAUCUACGAUCAAAUACAUUUGUUAAUUUCUUUAUUACAUUUACAUUGUGUAAAUAAUUCUCUCGCCUUCCCGAUUCCAUCCGCCCGCGCCGAACCUCCCCCUCUGCCAUUUUAGGGCUGAGCAGCUGGAUCUCGGAGCCGCUAACGCCCCGAUCGCCUAACGAGCGCCCGUCUUUUCCGUGGUUUUAUUACCGUAACGAUAAUUAGCGAUUUGGUGCAAACAAAGUGGUACGCUUAACGUACCUGGCGCCCAACUGAGUAUUGCAUCGGGAAAUUUCACGAAGACAGUCGCCCCGACACCCGGGCGGCUCCAGAGACGGAGGCGAAGUUGGCCGUCGCUCGCGAGCACGUUAAGGAUACUGCAAUUUGACUGCGUUUCGUCUACUACAUUAUCGGGUAUCUUGUAAGUAUUGUAUUCUUAAUUAUACAUAUCAAUGAAUUGUAAAUCGCCUAACGGUCUGCAUCGGAUCUUAAUGAUGGACAUAAUUCUUUUUAUAUUAAAUUUAAUUUUCUUAGCUUUAUUUUAAACAGCGCGCCAACAGAAUUCGUCAGACUUAAGAUACAGUAACUAAGCUAAAUUUCGAUGCUCAAGCAUAUCUUACAAUCCCCCUUUCCUACUUUCCCCGAAAAACGUGUGCAAUUGAACGGUGUGCAACUAAACGGUGUGCAAUCAAACGGUGUCCAAUCGAACGAUGUCCAAUCGAAUGGUACGCAACUGAACGGUGUCCAAUCGAACGGUGUCCAAUCGAACGGCGUUCAAUUGAACGGUGCGCAAUUAAACAGUGCGCAAUGUUUCAUGUCUAAUAGCACGGUGGGCAAUUGCAACGUGUUCAAUUGUACUGUGCGCCACUCGACCUCUCCCCUUUUCGUAAUAAAAUCCAGUAGAUUCAAGAUUCUUCUUUUAUUAGAUGGCCAAUAUAUUGGUUCCUCUAUUGAUAUGGUUUAAAGAUGUAAUUUUUUAAUAGUAUUAAAUAAUUUACGGUCUUUUGGAUUGUUUCUAAUCCCUAGUGGGCGUGCUUGGCGUUGUAAUCGCUACCCGCAAUAAACUUGUUAUUAAAUAUAUUUAAAAAAUGUUUAUAUUGUUCUUUUUAAAUUUCAUGUUUGAACUGUAUAUAGAUUACACAGAGAUUAUUCCAAUCAUCCACUAUAUUUGUUGUAUGUAGAUGGAUACAGCAUGCUUGUAUUUCAUAAUAUUUAAUAUUGUUGCGAAUAAUAAUACAGACUGAAUCUUCAUGAGUUGUUUCAUCUGGAUGCAAUGUGAAAGAUGUUAAGUAUAUGAGUACGUUGACAUAGUUCUUAGUAAGGUAUGUGUUUGAAAUUGGCAUUAUGUCAAUUUCAUGUUUGUUUACAAAAUAUUUUAACUUCUGUAAAUGGUUUGUGAAUCCAUUGACAUUUUAAAUUGCUAUUUUAAGUAGCCUGGCCAUUAUGAUAGUUUAUAGAUUAGCUGUUAAUAAGUUUAACAUUAGGGCUUUCAAUACCGGUAUCUUGGGAUCCCGUAAUACCGUGGUCCCGGUUGAAUUAAGACUCUUUUUUUUUUUAAUACCGUUAUUAUCUGUAAUACCAAUACCGGAAUUACGGUAUUAUAAAAAAUGUAAUAUAAAGAUUCGAAUUUACGCACGCUUCUUUGCCGUAUCACUGUGACGUCAGCCGACGCAACUAGAGCUGCGUUACGUAAAGGUCCUUGCACAAUACCAGGCAACAGGCAACAUAGAAACAAGACAUAAAAAAGAGAAAAAAAGAAGAUUCUUUCUCUCUUUUAGUAUUUCUAUUCUUAUUGCCUGUUGUCUAGCUUUGUGCAAUGGGCUUAAGGCUGAAGUCCUACGGAUGGAAAUUGACAACGAAACGGAAUGACACGGCCCAUCACGGAAUCGUUCUGAUAGAGCUCUUUCAAACAUUUCGUCGAAGCGGUCUCGUGAUUGGUCGUGUCAUUCCAUUUUGUUGUCAAUUUCCGUCUAUGGGACUCUAACCUAAAGGCGCAUAUGCGAAAAAUUAAAAACUGAUUGAUAAAAAAUACGUAUUUAAUUUUAUUCAGGGUUGGGUAAGUUACUUUUUU